CCUGAACAACAGGAAAUGGUCCAAAACAAGAGGAAUGUCAUCUUAGUUGAUGGCAUCAUACUUAAUGGCCCCACCACAGAUCCAAAAGCAGGAGAAAAAUUCGUGGAAGAGGCCUGUCGACUAAUCAUGGAAGAAGUGAUCCUCAAAGCUCCUGAUGUGAAAGAGAAGGUUUGUGAAUGGCAGCCUCCGGAGCAGCUGAAGAAACUGCUUGAUCUGGAGAUGAGGGACACGGGGGAACCACAUCAGAGGCUCCUGAAACUUUGCCAGGAUGUCAUCCGAUAUAGCGUCAAAACCAAUCACCCAAGAUUCUUCAAUCAGCUGUACGCUGGCAUCGAUUACUAUUCCUUAGUGGCUCGGUUCAUCACGGAGGCAUUGAAUCCAAGUGUUUACACCUAUGAGGUGUCCCCAGUGUUUCUGUUAGUGGAAGAAGCUGUUCUCAAGAAGAUGAUUGAAUUCAUUGGCUGGAAAGAAGGAGACGGCAUAUUUAACCCAGGCGGUUCUGUGUCCAAUAUGUACGCCAUGAACUUAGCCCGGUACAAAUACUGUCCUGAGAUCAAGGAGAAAGGACUCUCCGGGCUGCCUAGACUGGUGCUUUUUACAUCAGCUGAGAGUCAUUACUCCAUGAAGAAGGCAGCAUCUUUCCUUGGAAUUGGUACCCAGAAUAUUUACUUUGUGGAGACAGACUCAAGAGGUAAGAUGAUACCUGAGGAACUGGAGAAACAAGUCCAGCAAGCCAGGAAAGAGGGGGCCGCCCCAUUUCUCGUCAGUGCCACCUCUGGGACAACCGUAUUGGGGGCAUUCGAUCCUCUGGAUGAAAUAGCAGAUAUCUGCACCAGAUAUGGCCUUUGGCUUCAUGUGGAUGCAUCUUGGGGUGGCUCAGCUUUGAUGUCAAGGAAGCAUCGCAAGCUUCUGCAUGGCAUCCACAGAGCUGACUCAGUGGCCUGGAACCCACAUAAGAUGCUUAUGGCUGGGAUCCAGUGUUGUGCUCUUCUGGUGAAAGACAGCUCGGACCUCCUUAAAAGAUGCUACUCUGCAAAGGCAUCUUACCUGUUCCAACAAGAUAAGUUCUAUGAUGUCAGCUAUGACACAGGAGACAAGUCUAUCCAGUGCAGCCGCCGGCCUGAUGCAUUCAAGUUCUGGAUGACCUGGAAGGCCCUGGGGACGCUGGGGCUUGAGGAAAGAGUGAACCGGGCUCUUGCGCUAGCGAGGUACCUCGUGGAGGAAAUUAAGAAGAGAGAAGGAUUCCGACUGCUUUUAGAGCCCGAGUUUGCUAACAUUUGCUUUUGGUACAUUCCACCAAGUUUAAGGACAAUGGAAGAAGGACCCGAGUUCUGGGCUAAGCUGAACCUGGUGGCCCCCACCAUUAAAGAGAGGAUGAUGAAGAAAGGCAGCAUGAUGCUAGGCUACCAGCCACACCAGGGCAAAGUCAACUUCUUCCGUCAGGUGGUGAUUAGUCCCCAAGUGAGCCGUGAGGACAUGGACUUCCUCCUCGAUGAGAUCGACCUUCUGGGUAGAGACAUGUAG